AUGCGGCAGAUCCGCAUGCGGUCGACGGGUCGGAGAGAAAAACUGGUGACAACGCCAUCCGGCACUCUCCAUGGGCCGUAUGAUGGUACGCCUAAUGUAUGUCUGUACGUAUCCGCGACCAAGCAAUUAGGGCAGAUGUUAGCUGCGUCAACCCUUGAUCCCGCGUGGGCGGGCAGGAGAAGAAGCGCGAAAUGGGCCGAGAUAAGCUUCUGUAGGUCAUGCGAGAUUGCUGUUCCGCCAGGCGGGAUUCACAGGCGUCCGCCCAGCCGUUUUUCACCCACCCACAAGCGAGGGGAUUGA